UAUGCUGCCGCCUUUGCACCCUUCUCAAGCUCCUGUCUGUGGCCAAGGGUUUCAGGCACAGGUGCCUCAAGUUAGACUACUAUUGUCCUUAUGUAGGCACCUCAGUGAGUGUCUGGAAUUGCAAACCUGACUAACUUUGAGGCAUCCCCAGUUUUUAAAAUCUUGGCCCAUGUGCCUGCUCCAGUGGCAUGCCUCAUGCUUAGAACAGUCUCCCUGUUUUGUACCCCAGCAAAUGACCACCUGCAUCCAAAUCUGCCUGGACACACACUUCUCCUGAGAACUAAUUAAGCAAGAAUCCACCAAAGAUAGAAAACAAAACUGCUCCAUUUUGAGACUGGGCAACAGGUGUAUUGUGUAUCUGAACUAAGUCUGCUGAGGCAAGAAGCAUGCCUUCCUCUCUCUUUUGUACAGACCGGAGCACCCGGCCAAUCUGCAGUCUACUGCUGCACAAGAGCUGGGAAGAAGAGGAUAAAGAUGUUACUCGUAUCCCUAUCAUCAGCGAGGCCCCCAGCAAGAUUCUUGAGACUGAUGCAAACUCUUUGCAAAAAACCUUGGUUCUGAAGAAAGAGGUUGAAGUUGAUCGUAUCACAGCAGAGCUGAUUGCUAAGAGGCAGGAAUUUAAAGAGCGGAUGGAAGCUGUAGCUCAGCGGAGAGCACAAUUUGCCAAAAAGCAGCAGGAUAGCAGGAAUCAAGCUCUUAAAUUUGACAAGUUUCUUAAAGAAAGUGAUGUGAAGAGGAGGCGUUCACUCCAGAAAUACCAAGCAGAAGUAAAAAUAAAUGAAAUAAAACAGAGGGAGAUAGAUAAAUUGGUAGCAGAACUUGAAAAACUCAAAGUCAGACAACAGAAGCUGCAGAAGAAGGUAGCCAAGCAAAAAGUGUAUGAGGAUUUCCUACUGAAAGUCAUUGACCAAUUGCCUGACAACUAUCCGAAGUACGAUGCAGAUUCUGUCAUUGGAGCUAUCAUCAGGCGGCAUGAGACGCUGUCUGCUACAAACCAGACCUUGAUAAAGAACUUGAUCACCCUGUCAGAUGAGUUUGAGAAAAGCCAGCAUGACCUUGAAACCUUGCAACGGGAACAUGAUACCACAAAACUUAUGCUGAUUAGGGAACUGUCUGAGCUUCAGAUGAAGUGCAACAGAAUACAGGAGAAAAACAAGCAGCUGGAAGUCAGUAUUAACCACGAGAAGGGUCACUUCAGAUAUCAGAGUCAAGAGCUAGGCAGCUUGUUGUUAGCUAUUGCCAACCUGGCUGAGCAGUGCCACAUGCAGCAUUAUGGCCCCUUGCAGGAAAUGGAAUGGUUGUCAAAACUGGACAUGAUCCAAGAAUUCAUUCUGGAAAAAAAGCAUAUCCCGCAAUUAGCGACUCAGCCUGAUGAAUCUGGGGCGUCGCUAUCUAGUCUUGGAGACCAAACUCAGAGCAGAAAAAUGAGAAUCACCAAGAAGAAGUUUCAAAGCCAAGUUCCAGCAGGCAGUGGUGGCGUUAUACAAACUCCUAAAAACAAGGGGAAAGCUUCAGUGUGACACUGUUUUGUAUUAAUGUGUUGCAGUUUCCAAAGCAGUGGAAGAGAGGAAAUAUGCAAGCUUCCUCAGACUGACUGACUUUUCUUACUGUGAAACGCUUCUUUCUAGUGCCUUCAUUUUUAAUAUUUGUGUCUUCCAUACUCUCACAAGUUUGGCAACGGUUUACACAAUUCCUGGACUGUAACUCAAAAGGCAAAAUGCCAACCAGUAAUGCAAAUGAAAAUUACAUUGGUUUUGCUAUAUGAGUAUAGGAUUAGUCCAUUACUAACUGUGGGUUUUAUCCAUGGCACCUCCAGUGAAAUUAGUAAGGAGUCAUUUGUGAUAUUCCAUUCUUUGACUAAAAAGUAAGAGUAAAAUAGAUUCAAUAAAACAUAUUGGACCACAGUGUGAGAAUAGUUAAUUUGUUGUUUUUAAAACAUACACUGAGAUCCUUAUCUGAAAAUUGCUAUGUAAAUGCCAAAUAUCAUUAUGUUGCAAUGUGUGUUUUUCUGUGGGCUUGUUUGAAAUUACAUCUGGGGACAAGUUCUCAGCUAUACUGAUUUACGGCAGCUGGCCCGAGACUUUUUCAGUGUCGUCACAAGGGUUUCAAUUCCCUGUUGCCAAGGGGAGAAAUUGAAACAGAAGGUACAAAGUGACUUAUCAGCUGGAAAAGCUAGAGGAACUCAAUGCUGAUAACAAGAAGUUCCAGACUAGGUUAAUGGCCUUUGACUCAGUUCAAGUAUAAUAUGAGUUUAAUAGCUCAGACAUUCAGAUGCUUUCUCAUGGUCAAGUCUCCCGUGACACUUAAGGACUUAGCCAACUAAUAAUAGCUUACAUGGAGGGGGACUAUUAAUAUUAAUUUAUUAUAUUUGUAUUGUGUUUUUUCCUCCCAUCCUUCAUCUGUUGCUUGUCUUCUUUGAUUGCGAGCAUUGUUACUUAUUAUAUUACCAUUUGUUUAUUGUUAUGUUACUGUGACAUUCUGUGAACAUUCCCUUACCUUAAUUGUGAGCUCAACUGUGAGAAGUAAAUUUAUAGGCCCAGUUAUUAUAACAGAGCCUGAGUCAUGGACCAGCACCUCAUUGCGCUAGGUGCUGUACAACACAGAACAAAAAUGGCCCCACUGCACCCUCUUGGGAACUAAAGCAAGGGCUCAGUUUUAGAACCUCAAAGAUUGAUUGUUCUCAGCUCAGUCUCACUCCUUUCCCAGAAAAGAAUCAUUGCUGUGUGGUGUUCUUCUAAGAAUAAAAAAAAAUGUUGCUUAUUGUUGAAAUGGGAAAUUGGUCUUAUAGUGAAGGUGUGGGAACAGAACUCAGAAGAGCUGGGAUUUUUUUCCUGAUCCACCACAGCCUUCCUAUGGGUCUCUGAGCAAGUCAAGUCACCUAUCUGUGCCUCAGUUUCCUCAUCUGUAAAAUGAGGAUAAUUCUUCCAUUAGGUGUAACUCAAUCAUAUUUGUAAAAAUGCGUUGAGAGUCUCUGGUGGAAGGUGAUACGGUUCCAUUAACUGGGAUUAUUUAUCACAGGUCAGUCCACAGGUUAGGAGCUUUGAAAAGAAGCUCUCAAAAAAGACCUCUACUGCAUGACUGCCCCAGAACACAGUAAGAGGGACAUGGGGACGUCAAGCAAAGCUGUACAGUAAGAGUCUCUUAAAGGGAAAAAACAAGUGGAAAGAGCUGGGGAAGGAAAGCAUUUUCAUUGCCUAGUACAGUAGACGAAUGCUUCAACAGCAGUUUGUCCAUGUGAAAAUCUGGCCCGCCAUAAUUCUACCAAAGUCCAUGAGCUGUGGGGCAACAUAGAAAGGGGCAGUCAGGCAAGUUAAAGUUAUGUGAGGCUUAAUUUACCACAGUAACGUGCACUCAGCUUCACCAAGACUUUUAAAAAAUCCAGAGCGUAGGCUUUGUACACCUUACUCAUUCAGGCCUCUUUCUUCACUCUCUUCUCUUCUCCACCAUGGGCAGAUAGUCUGCAUUUCCUUUGUGUAUUACACCAUUCACAUCUCCCACCAUAUCCAUACAAAGUUGUACAAAGAAGAAAACUGAUGAGUAUCUUUUUAUUGAAAAAAGUGCAAUGCAUCUCUCUUUGUUUGCACUAUACAAAUGAGGACUGGUCAAAAAA